GUGGAGAGGUUGCAGCACCUCCUGAUGAGAGCAAGCACCAUCGUUGAGGAGGCAGACGCACGAUACAUAACCAACUCCGGGAUGAUGAUGCAGCUUAAGACGCUCUCAGAGGCCAUGUACCGAGGAUACCGUGUGCUGGACAGCUCAAGGUACCAUGCCCUCCAAGACAGUGCCGGCUUCGAGGAGGUUAGCAUCAACGACUCAUCUAGAAACAACUUAUAUUUAGCGAAGCGCUCUCGAACAACAAAUGUUAAGGCCACGUGCCUCGAGUCACAUGGUGCCUUAGAAGGCUUAGAAACUGCUGUUGUUAACAUGGCAGAAUUUGUUGCGCUUCUGGGUGGAUUUGAUCGUAUGUCUCAUAGGGCAUACGAUGUUUAUCUUUACACCGACAACUUCAUGUUUGGGCGACACACUGAAAAGCAAAAGCUAUUGAGCUUCUUGUUGCAGCAUGACGACCCUCCUAGUAACCAUGCACUGGCAGUUCUCCCUAUCAUAGGUGGUAAACUAACUGGGAAGAAAACUUUAGUUGCUCAUGUGUGCGGCGAUGAAAGGGUUCGCUCACGCUUCUCCUCUAUAUUGCACUUGGAUGGAGACAACCUUUUGAGAAUACUUGAUCAUGGAAGGACCAUGGAAGGUAUGACGUUGGUAGUUAUUGAGUUUGCUUCUGAUGUAGAUGACAAUGACUGGAAAAAGUUCCACUCGUUUUUCAUAAGGAUGGACAGAGGAAGCAAGAUGAUCAUCAUAAGUAAACUUAAAAGAUUAGCCCGGUUUGGAUCGGUGAAACCAAUUUUCCUAAGCCUUCUAUCUGACGACAAGUUGAGGUACCUUUUCAAGAAGCUGGCAUUCGGAAGUGUAGACCCUGCAGAACAUCCACGGCUAGUACAAAUAGCAGAUGAAUUCGCCAAGGUGUUGCACAAUAUGGAAGGUUCACUUAUCGGAACAAAUGUGUAUGCAGAUGUGUUGAGAAAGAAUCUCAAUGUACAGUUUUGGCGUUGCGUAUUUGACAAGGGGGCACGAUAUGCUAAAAGAAACCAGACGGCCAUACAGGAAGGGCAUCCACUGGACAUAACAGACUUUGUUUUGUGUCCACUUAGCAUGACACAUCAUACAAUUGAUGUUUCAAUCAAGGAGGAAUCGCCAAGUGUGAGAUUGGGGGAAGUUCUAGCAAAUCCUAGUGUUAGACCUAAAGGAGACUUCACUCUAGUUACAUGUGAAUCAAGGAUACCCCCUCAUAAAACAUUUGCUCAUUUUGUUACGAGUCGUGCUGAUGAUACACAUCAAGGUAGGGCCUUGCCAGGGAGGAAGCGACGAGGAGUGCCAGUCUAA